ACUAGUUAAUGUGGUUCAUACAACAGUUUGCGUGUGGCCAGCAGUAGUAGCCUGGUUGAUUAGGCCCUGAUCUCCCGCGAGGCCUUUUCACAGACCGGAUUGUGGGGGCGUUGACUCCUGAAACCCUCUCCAGGAAACUGUACUGUUGACUCAUUGAUGCUGCUGAUGGUACUGUAAUAUAACCAGUAGUCUUCUGCUCUGGGAUCCUGCAAGAAUCUUCCCCGGGUGGCCAGUCAAACAAGCAAGUUGGACAAGGACUCUGCAUGAAUUUGGUUGUCCUUCCACCAGAAGAAUCUCUUCAGCAGUUCCAAGAUCCAGUGCCAUACAUGUGGAAGAGUUACUGCAGAAAAGUAGUGAUGGCAGUCAGUGUCAUAAAGCUUGCCACAUUGUGUCAGUACCAAGUGUCUUAAAGGGAACUUCAUCAUUCUGGUUACUACAUGUACACUUAAACAUACUGGCUACAUCAUGCUGACUCCAUGUCUUGGCUACUAAUGCAUGUGCUCUGUAUCCAGUCAAUGUAACUUCAUUAAUGGAAAUAAUGUGCAACAUGUGUAUUGAACGGCUGACUUGUUGAAAAAAAAAAUUAAGUGUUUUAAGGAGUGUGUAUAAGUAAUCUACUGAAUAUAUCAUAUACUAUGUGCUUAAUUUCCAAGAAAAUCUAACUAAAGGAUUCUGAGUUAGAUUUUUUUAGUGGUAUAUUAAAAAAAAUAUUUGUAUUUUCUGCUUCAUGUUAUUUCCUCAUAAUUAUAUGCUUUCUUUCUUCUUUCAACGUACCAGCCGUAUCCCACCGAGGUGGGGUGGCCCAAAAGGAAAAACGAAAGUUUCUCCUUUCAAAUUUAGUAAUAUAUACAGGAGAAGAGGUUACUAGCCCCUUGCUCCAGGCAUUUCAGUCGCCUCUUACGACACGCAUGGCUUACGGAGGAAGAAUUCUGCUCCACUUCCCCAUGGAGAAUAAUUAUAUGCUAUCAUUCAGAUAAAUUAUUUUUAAUCAUAUGUUUUGAGAUAUUAUGGCCUGUUUUCCAUAAGUCUCCUGCGGUAUGGGGUAUCUUUUGCUCUAGUUUGAAGUGGAUACUCAAAUAUUUCAUGUUGUUUACUGCCACUAAUGCUAUAAGCAUCAGUACUCUGAAAAUAUAAAACGUUUUUGCUCGAUAAACUAUAUACUGUAUUAUCUUCAUUUUCUUGUCAACAGAAAAGUUGAACAUAACUAAAGUAGGUAAAUAGUUGCCUGAGUAAAUAAUUUACAGACAUUAAUCCAUAGUCUUAUGUCAUAUAUGAACUUGUAUGACAUUGUGCUUGGUGUAAUAACCUCCUCUCCUUCCUUCCGCUUUUAGCCACGUUACCAUGUUAUGGUCAAGUGAAGAAGGAAACAUUCAUCAUAACUCACUCAAUAUUAGUCUUAACAGAAGUGUGCAUAAAUCACAUUACAAAUAACCUCUGGACAAGAGCAUUAUUGCAAGUUCUUGUACCUUUGAUCCAAUGAUACAAAUAAUUGAAGUAUACAGGGUGUAAAUUUUUAACAAUUUGGUUUUGCUAUCAUAUGAAUAUUUCCACAGUAAAAGAAUUUUUCAUUCAAGAAAUAAUAAACUACAAUUUAGUGUGUCUUAGAAAAUUACCACAUAAGAGUAUACACAAAUAAGUAAGAAAAAGCACAUUUGUAUUGUGAUUCUUCCAAACUAUUUUCAUACAGUUACAUCUUACACAAGAGAUCUUAUAUGAGAACAUUUCUUUCACUGUUCAAAAGUUACAUCACAGAAAUCAUCUACAAUGGAUUGUAUGGAAGAUAACUUGGGUGAGAAUCCACUUGAGACUACAGAAUGUAGAACAGUCUUUAAAUCAUCUUCAUCCCUAAUAAAGCAAAUCAGAGUUCAUACUGAAGGGAAACCACAUCAAUGUCUAAUGUGUCUAAAUGACUUUAAAGAAAACUCACAUGAACUGGAACCCUCAGAAGAUCGUGUAGAAAAAAACUUGAAGUCACAUCAGUGUUUAUUGUGCUCAGAGAAGUUUUCAGAAAAGACUGAUUUACAAAAGCACUGGAAAAUUCAUACAGGAGAGAAACCAUAUACUUGUUCAAAAUGUCAAAAAGUCUUUGAUAAGCAAGGAAGUCUAAUGCGACAUCUAAGUAAUCAUUAUGGAGAAAAUCCCUUUCAGUGUAUAGUGUGCUUAAAAGACUUUUCAAGUAAACAAGUUCUACAACAACACAUGGGAAUUCAUACAGGAGAUAAGCCAUACAAGUGUUUAUUGUGCAAGACUAAAUUCAUUAAAAAAUCUUGUUUUAAAAAGCACAUACGAGCCCAUGCAGAGGGAAAAUUUCAUCAUUGUACGGUAUGUUCACAGUCAUUUUCAGAUAAAUUGCAUUUAGAGCGACACUCAGUGGUUCAUAAUGGAGGAAAACCAUAUAACUGUGCAGUGUGUUCAAAAGGUUUUUUAAGUAAAACAAAGCUAACAAGACACACAAGAACUCAUACAGGAGAAAAACCUUAUGAGUGUUCAGUGUGUCAGAGAAGUUUUUCAGAUGAAGCAGUUCUUGGACGACACAUGGUAAUGCAUUCUGAUGAGAAACAUCAGUGUUCAGUGUGUUCCAAAGAUUUCUCACAGCAGUUGCUUCUUGAUCAGCACCUGGAAAUUCACACAGUAGAGAGACCUUUUCAUUGUUCGCUCUGUCCAAAACGUUUUAUAAAUAAAACAAGGCUAAUCAGACAUAAGAGCAUUCAUUCACGAGAAAAGUCAUUUCGGUGUUCGAUAUGUCAAAAAGACUUUUCACUGAAAUCAAAUAAAGUACGACACAUGAGAGUUCAUACAGGAGAGAAACCAUACGAGUGUUCAGUAUGUUCCAAAAAAUUUAAUCAAAAAUCACAUCUAGACAAGCAUGGAAAAGUUCAUAGUGGAGAAAAACCAUAUAACUGUUCAGUUUGUGUAAAAGGAUUUUUAUAUUUAAGAAAUCUUAAACGACAUGUUAAACGCCACACAGGAGAAAGGUUGUAUCAGUGUUCGGUUUGUAUGAAAGACUUGCCAGAUAGCACACGUCUAACACAGCACAUGAGACUUCAUGAAAGAAGGAAAUAUCAGUUUUCUUUACGUUCAAAAAAUUCACGGUUAGCUAAUCUUAAACAGCACUUAAAAGUUCAUACACAAAGAAAGCGAUAUAAAUGUUCAGUGUGUGGAAAAGGCUUCUUUAGUAAUGUAAAUCUAUUUCAGCAUAAGAAAAGUCAUGUCGGAGAACAUUUUCGGUGUUCAUUUUGUCAGAAAGACUUGUUAAAUCGUACAAAUCUAAUAAAACACUUGUUAACUCAUAAACCAAAUGAACCACAUCAGUGUUCAGUGUGUUUAAAGGACUUUACAGAUGAAUCUGCUCUUGAACAACACAUGAAAGUUCAUGCAGAAGUUAAAUCAUAUAAGUGUUCAGUGUGUCAGGAAGACUUUAAAGAUAAAUCGACUCUAGAUCAACACGCUACAGUCAUGAAGAAGAGAAAUCUGAGGAGAGUUUACUUAAAGAGGAAGAUGGUACGGUUCAAACAGAGGAUAUGAUAUAUCAGUGUAUAGUUUGUCAUGAUGAGUUUACAGAUAAAGAAAAUGUCAUGCAACACAUGAAAGUUCAUGGAGAAGGAAAGCCUGAGGAGAGUUCUGUGGGUGUAGAAGAUCAAAAAGAUUUUUCAGCUCAUGCAGAAGAGAGAUCAUGCCAGUUUUCAGUGUCUGCACAGAACUUGUCAGAUGAAAAAAUUCUUUCAAAACACACGAUGGUUUGUGAAGAGAAACAGGAGGAAUGUUUGCAUGUAGAUGAUGUAAGAGAUGAGACAGUUCCUGAUGAUAACAUCACAGUUGAUAUGGAAGAUGUGUUAUACCAGUGUUCUGUGUGUUGCAAAGAAUUUUCUGAUCAAGAAAUUGAGGAACACAUGAAGAGUCAUAGAAAAGAGGGACCUGAAGAGAGCUCAUUGAAUGUUGAUAUGGUAUGGAGAAAUGUGCAGCAGUUUGUACUGAUGAUUUAAUAUAUCAAUGCUCAGUGUGUCUUAAAGAGUUCACAGAUGUAAAAGUGAUCAUGGAACACAUGAAAGUUCAUGGGGAAGUGAAUCCUGAGGAGAGCUCAGCACGUGUAGGAAAAUCUGAAGUUAAAGAGGAAUUUGCGACACUUCAAACAGAAGAUGUAUUAUAUCAAUGUUCAGUGUGUAAGGAAGAAUUUACAGAUCAGAAAACUGUCAUGCAACAUAUGGUAACUCAUACAGCAGAGAAUUCUUUUAAGUGUUCAGUGUGCCUUGAAGAGUUUACAGAAAAGGAAAUUUUUGAACAACACCUGAAAGGUCAUAUAGGAGAAAAUCCAAAUAACUGUUCAAUAUGUUCAAAAGACUUUUUAACUAAAGGAUAUAUAACACGACACAUGAGAGUUCAUACAGGAGAAAAACCUUACCAGUGUACAGUGUGUCUAAAACACUUUACAGAUAAAUCAGUUGUAAUGCGACACAUGAGACUUCAUACAGGAGAAAAACCAUACGAGUGUUCAGUAUGUAUGAAAGGCUUCAGAGAAAAUUCACAACUAAAAUACCACAUGAAAAGUCAUACAGGAGAAAAGGUAGAGAAAACACACAAAUGUUUAGUGUGUCACAAAAGAAUCAAUCUAGAAAAGCUGGAACAGCAUUUGGCAAUUCAUUUAGGAGAUAAACUGUAUAACUGUCCACUUUGUCAAAAAGGCUUUGCAAGUGACAAAAGUCUAAUAAGACAUAGAAAAGUUCACACAGGAGAGAAAUCACAUCAGUGUUCAGUGUGUCUGAGAUCAUUUUCGAGAAACUGGCAUCUUAAACAGCACUACAAAAUUCAUUCUGGAGAGAAACCAUACGAGUGUUCAGUGUGUUUUAGAAGAUUUAUACAAAAAGUACAGCUUGAACUUCACUCUAGAAUUCACACAGGAGAGAAACCAUUCCAGUGUUCAGUGUGUUCAAGAAGAUUUAUACGAAAAGGACAGCUUCAACAACACUUGAGAGUUCACACAGGAGAAAAACCAUAUAAUUGUUCAGAGUGUCUGAAAGACUUUAGAUCAAAUGCAAGUCUCAAAAAACACUUAAGAGUUCACAAAAGAAAGGAAUCAAAUUUGUGUUAAGUGUGUUACUAAGUUAUUUUUUACAGAUAUCAAAUCUAGAGCAAAACUUGUUCAUUAAAAAAAAAGAUGAACCUUACAGCUAUUCAAUGUCAAAAAUUUUCCUAAUAAAACAGGUGUAAACAGACAUAAAUGCGAAAGAACAAAAAAGGCACAACACUGUGACUGGAGCAAUACACAAAUAACCCACACAUAAGAGAAAAGCUUUGGAGUAUGACUUUAUAAAUGGUCCAAGUCGGACCAAAACAUCAUUAUAAGCUUCUCUCUCCUGUGUGCAGAUUAUUUGUGUAAAUAUGAGAGUUUAUAAGAAAAAAUAUAAUACUGGUAAGCAUAUAUGAGCAUUGCAGGAGAAGGCAACUAAAGUCAAAUGCCCUCCAAUUUAUAAAUCUUUUCAGGUUUGGUAUUGAAAAGUUUUCUAUGCUGAGUAUGAUGUAUAGCUCUAGUACUGAUUUAGAUCAUUUUGGGGUCACAGGAAAAUAAGUAUCUCUUUGGAACAUAAUAUCAUAUACUUAUGUUAUCCAUUAUUUAGUAAAUGAUACAUAUAUAGAAUCAGCAGAGUGCAAGGAUGCUAGUGAUAUGUUUUAUUUCUCUAAGUCAAAAUUGAAUGUUUUGUUAGAUACCCCAAAGGUUAUUGCAUGGCCUUCAAGGUACAGAAAAAAUGAUUUAAGUAAAGAAAGACUGAUGUAUUUGCUACGAGAUUCUGCAAUAAAAUUUUGUGUAUA